AUUUGUGGUGUCGCCAGCAUCCAGCCUGUCCUAAGCGUCCAUGCGCCCCUCCUGCAGAGCUCCCCUGCACACCUGCCCCCUCUCCCCCCUCAGACAGCGGUGACCAUCCUCCCCGGCACUGCCAUGGGGGAGGCCAGUCCACCACAGAUGCACCUCACAAACCCCGCACCCCAACCCCAGUCCCAGCAGCCCAGCCUGGAGCAGAACGGUAUCCUGGACUGGCUUCGUAAACUACGGUUGCAUAAAUACUACCCUGUCUUCAAACAGCUAACCAUGGAGGAGUUCCUUGCUCUCACAGAAGAGGAUCUCAACAAGUACGACCUCACUCAGGGGGCCAAGAAGAAACUAAAGACUCAGCUGGAGCUUCAAAACAAGUUUCCAUUGCUCAGGUGGAGCUGUGGGAGCUAAGAUAUCUUAACAGAUAACAGGAAAUAAUCCUCGGGAGGUUUUCCAUGCCUGGGAACAACAAUAAAGGUUAUACUGGUUCACAUGUCUCAUUCUUAAUAAAAUGGUUCUCUCUGACACUAGCUAAAACUUAAAUAGUGUUUACUUUUACUCAACAUUGUAAACUUCCUGAACUGAAAGGCCCCGUUAGAACCUGAGCCAGCAUAAUCAUACCCAUCGACUAUAUUUUAAAAAUAUGUAGUUUUUCACAUCCCAACUUUUGUUUCUAAAAUCAAAGUCUACAUAGAUGAUAAGCUUCAAACUGAUGCACUAGCAGAAUAAUGCACAUGCGGUAAGUGCUGGGAUGUUUUUGUACAC